UCUCUGGGCAGGUAGAAUGGCCUGGCUCUGACUACAGCAAACUCCACCAGCGGCGAGCAGUAGCUGGAGAUCAGCGCAGCGUUGUUACACCAUGCUGUGUUGAUGUAAACACACACCCCACCUCCACGUACUUUGCCCGAGAGGCCGGCGUCGCGGUCCGCGCGGUAGCAUAGCAUGCCGCUCACCUCAAUCGCGGAGUCCGGGAUGGAGUCCGUUAACCACGUCUCCGUGAAAACGAACACACAGCAGUCUCUGAACUCGCGCUGGGAUGUCCGCUGGAGCCGGAGAUAGUCAAUCUUGUUCGGCAGGGAGCAAACGUUGGAGAGAUGGAACCGCUGGCCGGCUGGAGUUAGCCAUUAGCUUAGCGCGGACUCCGGCUCCCUUACCGCGCUUUCGGCUCCUCGCGCAACGCUUGCAGAGAGACCUCUUCCGGCUAGCAGGCUCAGGAAAUGCCGCGGAUCUUAGCAGGCCUAGCGCGCGUAGCUCCGCUCGUAGACCGUCUGUUGUUCUUCAGAACCUGCUAAUGUGCAUGGUGUGCUUUUACUCCCUUUACUACAUUGUGGUCAGUUUGUGCAUCGGCAUCCUCAAGGUAGAAGAAGUUGACAGUUUAUUAGCUCCGUUUGACUACACCACACAACCAUCAUGGCACAGCCCAAAGUAUUUAGUGGGUGUGAUCUCGACAGAGGUGACGUAUUUUCUGGGUGGGCUCAUAUUCGCCUGGAUUGUGGAAGAAUGGGUGUGGGAUUAUGCCAUCACAGUCACUCUCCUGCACGUCGGUCUCACUGUUGCAAUCAUGGCUGACUUCCCUUCUACGGAACACUGGUGGAUGGCUCUGGGUUCUGGCUUGGCCAUGAUGAUCUUUGGGGGGCAGCUGCUGGCAUAUCGACUCUUCAGGAAUAAUUUCGUCCAUCCGGCAGAUCUCCAAAACUUCUGACACAGCAAACACAACAAUGUUUUCAGCAGAGUGAAAAUACUGUACAGUUACAAAUACUAUUUUUGUUUUAUAUCUGUUUCUCUUUUUUGUACACAGUGUAGCAUUGUUUUGGUAAUUACACAUUAAUACAAUUUUAUUUGUGCUAUGAGUGUGGAUUGUAAUUAAACUAUUCCUGCAAGCAAAUAGAAA